CUGCCGGCGUCGGGAGGUGGGGACCCGCGGCCAGAGAAGACAUGUCUCGAGUGGGACCCGUCUCCAGGAGCCUCUUCUUGGACAGCCUCCUGUAUGAGCAGGCCCCCGAAGCUCUGGGGGUACCCGGCAUGACCGACGUCAUGGAGUCCAGCGACCCCGAGUCGUCCCCUGGCAGGGACAGCAGCCCUGACGACGUGGCCAUGCGGCUGGCUUUCAUCGGGGACGAGAUGGAAGUGAGGUGGACGCUGCCGCGCAUCGCCGAGCUGCCUGGGAUGGCGGUGCACAGCCUGACCUUCACAUACAACCAGACAGGCCUGAGGGGCGUUUUUAGAAGUUUCAUCAGUGGCCUCGCUAACCUCAGGGAGAACAUAAGGUUCUGGAGCUUCUUGAUCUUCAGGGACAGGGUGCCCGGGCUCCGGGGCCGCGAGCUGGUGCUGUCCAUGCUGCUGCUGCUGCUCUGCUGGGGGCUCUACGUCCUGCAGUGACGCCCACGCGGCGUGGGG